AUGGUUAGUAUCACGACAUGGAAUAUAUGGGGGUUGAACCGCCCUCUCAAACAGAAGGAGGUUCGUCAGGCAGUCAGAGAUUUUAAUUUAAGCUUGUGUGUGAUUUUGGAAUCUCAUGUGGAUGUUGGUAAUUUGGGUAAAGUUUGUAACUCCGUGUUUCGCUCGUGGGAUUGGAGUUCAAAUGGAGGGUGUUGUGACAAAGGCACGAGAAUUAUUAUCGGAUGGAACCCGGCUAUUUUUGAUGUGAUGAUUCUGUCGCAGUCUCCUCAGGUUAUGCAUAUUCAGCUUGUCUUUAAAAUUGAUAAAAGAAUGGUGUUUUGUUCUUUCGUUUAUGCUGAUAACUAUUAUGUCUCCCGUAAAGAAUUGUGGCAUAAUUUGUCCUUGCACAAAGUCCUGGUUGGGAAUAAACCUUGGUGUAUCAUGGGUGAUUUUAACACGGCUCUAAAUAUUGAAGAUAAUUCUAUGGGAUCGUCGUCGGUAUCUAUUGGCAUCAGAGAUUUUCAAGAGUGUGUGGAUGAUAUUGAGGUUGUUGAUAUUAACCGAAUGGGGAUCCAUUAUACUUGGAGCCAAAAGCCAAAAAAUGGGGUAGGCCUUAUGAAGAAAAUUGAUCGAAUUAUGGGAAACACUCCCUUUGUUGCUGAAUACCCGAACUCUGUUGCUUUUUUCAAGCCAUACAGACUUUCUGAUCAUUGUCCGUGUAUAUUAUCGUUUCCGGAAGCUGGUAAAGUGAAGCCGAGGUCGUUCAAAUUUGCUAAUUUUUUGGUUUUCAAACCGGAAUUUCUGGGAAUUGUUAAAAGUGUUUGGGAUUCUACUCUGAGCGGUGUGCAUCAGUUCCGGUUGGUCAAGAAACUUCGGUUGCUUAAGCAUCCGCUUCGUUCUUUGUUAUUCAAACAAGGAAAUCUUCACAAGAAAGUGGAAGCUCUUCGAUCGAAACUAGAUGAUAUUCAGCAAAGUAUUGACCGAGACCCGAAUAAUGUCGAUCUCCGUGUGGCUGAAAAGGAGACUAGCCGUGAUCUCCUAGAAGCUUCGUUGGACGAGGAGUGUUUUCUGAAACAAAAGUCAAAGGUUGAUUGGUUAAGGGCGGGUGAUUCGAACUCUGCUUUUUUCCAUUCUUCUCUAAAAAUCAGAAAUCAUUGUAGCCGAAUAGAUGUGAUUAAAGAUUCGGAUGGAAAUCCCUAUGAAGGUGAUGCGGUUUUUCAAGCUUUUGUUAAUCAUUAUCAGAAGUUUUUUGGUACUCAAGGGGAUAUUUCUCUCUCUCCGGCUCCAGAUUUAUUUUCUAAAGUCAUUGAUCCUCAGAAAGCUUCUCAUAUGAUUCGACAAGUAACUGAGGAGGAGGUAAAAAAAGCGAUGUUUUCUAUUGCUAUUGACAAAGCUCCUGGUCCGGAGUUUCAUGUUAACCGGAGUGAUGAAGGUAAAAGCUCAACUCCAAAGUCUUAUGCGGAUUCGUUUUGGCAGCCAACCCUGUCAAGGUAA